GGGCUGCCUUUUCCGUUGGUUAUAUCAGAUCCAACAGUCGGCAAAGUCGUCUGGUGUAAAUAUGAAGCUCGCAAUUAUUUAUUUUCUGUAUGUGGUGCUUUUUUCAGGAAUACGAACGCAGGAAAACAUACACACUUCAGCGAGAAUAUCGGAAACAACACCAGAAGCAACAAGCAAACAAGAUCACUCACAUAUCAGAAAACUGGAGGAAAUAGUCGAACGCCUUCAGGAAACAUUGAAUAAUCAAUGGGAAAUCAUUAAAUCACAACGGGAAAAAGAAAAGGAGCAAUCAGAGAAAUACGAAAAACUUAUAAAGCUAUACAACAUCCACAAUGAAAGAUUAAAGCAACAUGAAGAAGUUUUGAAGUCUCAGUCUUUGACAAUUGCAAUAUUAAAGAGCCAACAUGCACAUCGUUACACAGUGGACAUGCAAACACAUCCAAACAGAACGCUAAAUUUAAACAGCACGGUUGACAUAAAAGAUUCAUCAUCCGACCAGAUGGCAGCAAAUCAGGACCGGAAAAAGCCUUUACCUGCAGAUAUUAAUCAAGGUCAUGCUAAAGCCAUUCGCACUGUACCAUCAACCAUUGCAUUCACAGCCAUCAAACAUACCGCGCAAACUGACAUAGGAAUCAACCAAAACAUCCUCUUCGAUCAAGUACUGCUAAAUGAUGGAGGUGGGUUUCAUGUACAGCACGGCAUAUUUAUAGCACCAGUUAGCGAUUACUACCUGUUUUCGACGUCCAUUUUGAAGAUGCCAAUCCCCAACACUUCCCACUUUGGAUUGAUGCACAACGGGAAUGUGAUCACAUUUGCACACUCAUAUGAAAAUAUGUGGGAUCAAGGAUCGACAACCGUUGUCCUUAAAGUUGAAGCUGGAGACGAGAUUUGGAUAAGCAACAGGGACAUAGCUGGUCGAGCUGUUCAAGGUUUUGCCUACUCGUCAUUCACUGGUGUUCUGUUACGUCAAAUCUGAUAAAUAAAUAAAGGACUGCAAUUCUGACAACGACCGAUGACUUUUACUGUUAUCAUAUAGCAAACAAUAAAAGUUCAAGAGAAAAAUUA